GUGACAGCAGCGGCAGGAAGCAGGCGGGCGCUACCCAGGCCAUAGGCCUUGUUGUUCUCGGAGGGGCGAGCACGGGACAUUUCCUCACGUAAUUCCCAUUUCUGGGCCCAGAGUCUGUGCAUGGCGACGUGCCAGGGGGACUCUACCCUGGAGGAGAUUCUGGGGCAAUAUCAACGGAGUCUCCGGGAACGUGCCAACAGAAGCAUUCACCAACUGAAAUAUGCCCUGAGAGAAGGAGAUGUCACCAUUGGAAAAGAUGCACCAGAUCCUUCUUUUAGUACCAGUUUAGGAAAUGAGGAUGCUGGGACGGCCUGGCAUGAACUGCAACACAGCCAUGCUGUUAAUCAGCUCAAAGCUUUGUUGCACCAACAAGCAGCUAAGGAAAGUGAGGUGUCUCCAUCAAGAAGACGAAAAAUGUCCCCUUUGAGGUCAUCAGAACAUGAGGAAACCAAUAUGCCUACUGUACACAACCUUGUUCCUAUCAUUAAUGACCAGUCUCAAUACAUUCAUCAUUUAGAAGCAGAAGUCAAGUUCUGCAAGGAGGAACUCUCUGGAAUGAAAAAUAGGGUACAAGUAGUUGUGCUUGAAAAUGAAAGGCUCCAGGAAGAGCUGAAAUCUCAAAGACAAGAGGAGACAAUGAGGGAACAAACACUUCUGGAUGCAUCUGGAAAUAUGCAGAAUUCUUGGAUUACAACAGGUGAAGAUUCUGGGGUGGAUGAAGCUGCCAAGAGACCAUUUUCUCAUGGCAGUGCAGGCAUUGGCAAAGCUGCAUCUGCUGGUGAGGCUGAAAAAUGGAAGCUAGAACUGGAGAAGAUAAAACUUAUUUAUGAACAAAAGAGUGAAAUACUGGAAUCUCAGUUGAAGUUUCUGAGGAAAGACUUAGCCGAAUAUCAGAAAAAUUGUGAAGAUCUUAAGGAGCGACUAAAACAUAAAGAGUCUCUUCUUGCUGCUAAUGUUUCUAGCCAUGUUGGUGGUCUUUGUUUGAAAUGUGCUCAGCAUGAAGCCGUUCUUUCCCAAACCCAUAAUAAUGUUCACAUGCAGACCAUCGAAAGGCUGACCAAAGAAAGAGAUGACUUGAUGUCUGCACUAGUUUCCAUAAGGAGCAGCAUGGCAGAUGUGCAGCAAAGAGAAGCAAGUGCCUAUGAACAGGUGAAACAAGCUGUGCAGAUGACUGAGGAAGCCAAUUUUGAAAAAACCAAGGCUUUAAUCCAGUGUGAGCAGUUGAAGAAUGAGCUGGAGAGGCGGAAAGAGCGAAUUGAAAAAGAACUUGCAUCUCAGCAGGAGAAAAGGGCGUUUGAGAAAGAGAUGAUGAAGAAAGAAAUAACAAAAGAAAGGGAGAACAUGGAAUCAAAGAUGUUGAUCCUGACUCAGAAUAUUGCCCAACUGGAGGCCCAGGUGGAAAAGGUUACAAGGGAUAAGAAUUCAGCUAUUAAUCAACUAGAGGAAAUUCAAAACCAGCUCGCUUCUCAGGAAAUGGAUGUCACAAAGGUGUGUGGAGAAAUGCGCUAUCAGCUGAAUAAAACCAAAAUGGAGAAGGACGAGGCAGAAAAGGAGCACAGAGAGUACAAAGCAAAAACUAAAAGGGAUCUUGAAAUUAAAGAUCAGGAAGUAGAGAAAUUGAGAAUAGAGCUGAGUGAAAGCAAGCAGCACUUGGAACAGGAGCAGCAGAAGGCAGCCGGGACCAGAGAGGAGUGUCUGAGACUAACAGAACUGCUGGGCGAGGCUGAGCACCGACUGCACCUCACCAGACUGGAAAAAGAUACCAUUCAGCAGAGCUUCAGCAACGAAGCAAAGGCCCAAGCCCUUCAGGCCCAGCGAAGAGAGCAGGAGCUGACACAGAAGAUACAGCAAAUGGAGGCCCAGCAUGACAAAACUGAAAAUGAACAAUAUUCAUUGCUGACCUCCCAGAAUACAUUUUUGAUAAAGUUAAAGGAAGAGUGCUGUACAUUAUCCAAGAAACUGGAACAAAUCUCUCAAAAAAGCAGAUCUGAAAUAGCUCAGCUCAGUCAAGAAAACAGGUAUACAUAUGAAAAACUGGAAAAGUUACAGAGGAGAAAUGAUGAAUUGGAGGAACAGUGUGUCCAGCAUGGGAGACUACAUGAGACAAUGAAGCAGAGGUAA